AUGGACUUGGAGAGUUCCGACCACGACGAACGUGAUGCACCGGGCGCUUUGACCCGACGAGCGUGCGAUCAAUGUCGUCUUCGAAAGAUUCGAUGCGAUAAGCGCAGCCCUUGUUCGAAUUGUCGUAGCUCGACUCUGACAUGUCGGUUCACCCGCGAAGGACAGAAAUCCGAACCUCGGCGUCGUGUCUUGAUAUCUAGUCAAUAUGAGAAGAAAAUCGAUCAUAUCGAAGAACGCCUAGGAGGCGUUGAAAACACAUUACAGCGCCUCGGUAGCAUCGAGCAGUCCCUCAGGGAGAUCUUGAAAACAUCCCGACAAUCGAGCGGACGCCUUCCGGCCACUGGCACGAUCAGUUCGCUCCAUUCAUCAGUGUCGCCUGCAGCCCUAGCCGCCCAUGUUCAUUCACAAGCGACUGCAUCAGAGAGUACCGAGUGUAAAGGUCCCGGUUACACGUCCAAUCCUGCAAUCGAGCAACAUGAGUCGGUUCCGCAAUUCGAGGGAUAUUCCUCUCUUGCGGCUCACUCGGCCUAUGCGAAGGAGUUCCUUGAGUCGGCAGUGUCGCAUAGCACCCCCGAAGUACUAUCAAGUCCCAAGAUUGGCGAGGCUCUGACGUCCUUGAGACAGAUUGUGGAAAUGCAAGACAAGCAGCAGGAUGGAAGAGUGCACAGAGGUCAAUUGUCGGGCCAGCUGGGGAGUCGUCGGGAUAUUCGCGAGCUGGAAAUGCCGCCAAUGCCGGAAGUUCUGAGUAUCCUGAAAAGGACAAAAGAACGUCCGCCGGGUUGCUUCGGAAACUACCUGCCUUUCUUCACGGUUGACUACUUUAUCUCCAAGUGUCAGGCAGUCUACUUUGCGACUGAGGAUUACUCUGAUGCGACAUUUAUCAUCGCUAAUUUCGGUCUGAAUGCCAUAUUCUCUGAAUUUGGGAUCAUCGAGAAUGAGAAUUCAGUCAAAGCUGAGUAUGAACUGUAUGAGAAGAUGUGCAAAGAUAACCUGGAGGCGGCACUGGCGAGCUUGAACUUAUUGAUGCCGGUCACCCUGGAUUCAGUUGUGGCUCUUACCCUUGGUGCAAUCCACGGCAUCGAAAUCUCCAAGCCUUCUGUCGGCUGGACAUUUGCUUCUACUGCCGUGCAGAUGUGUCAAAGCCUGGGAUACAACCGUCUUUCCACGAUGGAAAAUGAUCCGAUAGAACUUCAGCACCGCAAGCAGGAUCUCUUCUGGUCUGCAUAUACCAUCUCCAAUAUGAUGUCUCUCCGGGUGGGUCGAGCUUCCGUGGUGCAGAUUUGCGACGUGGAUAUUCCUCCUCCGUCGGAGUGUUUUGUGGACAUGGGAAUAUGGAGCAAUGUUUGUGCGAUCUGGGCCCGACAAGCCAUUAUACAGAAUGAUAUCUACGUCAACCUGUACAGUCCCGCGGCCCUGAAGGGACCGGAGAAUCAACGUGUGAUGCAUGCAAGACGGCUUGCUGGUGAGAUGCAGAGAGAGGUCUUGGAGCCAUUUGAGCAAAUCAUGAUCAGAGACCUCAAUAUAACCGACAUCGACUACAUCUAUCUCCGAUCGGACGGCGUGAGUCGCUUGGCCAUUCUGACCCUCAUAUACCGCGCUAUUCCCGCCGAGCCCGGGUCCCCAAGCACAUUCGUCCCAGAAUGUACGCAGACUGCAAGGGCCGCUUUGGAGCUCCACCAAACGUGCGCCGGAAGUCUCAAAGAAGCGUCCGAGAAUUUACGAACCUCUUAUAUGCAUUGGGCAAUUCUCACCUCCCCUUUCGUUCCCUUCAUCGUCAUAUUCUGCAACGUCAUCACCACCUCGGAUCGCGAGGACCUCGCCCGCCUUGAGGCCUUCACCGCAUCCCUCCAACCCCUCUGCCGUUUCUCUCAAGCUAUCGACCGCCUCCACAACCUGUGCUCCAUGUUCAGCACCGUCGCCCGUCUCUACGUCGAAGCCAAGACUCGUAAACAAGCAGGUCAAGACAACAACAUGGAUGCCGUCGGGCAAGAAUUCGACGCUUAUUUGACGGCGCUGGGCUUGGCUCCUGCAACUUCCACGGCACAGAAUGUCUGGGGCGGAAUAAUCCCCGACGGCGGUGCUUCGGCGAUGAAUCUGGGUUUGACGGAGUCGGGGCUCCAGAGUCAGAGUCAGGGUCAUGACUUUGUAGGUAGCGCUGGGAUGGAUCUGUCGGCGAUGGCGGGUAUGUCGCAGGCGACGCAGUUGGGGAAUUGGUUCUCAGGCAAUCAGUAUAUUAUGGGGUUGUUGGAGGAGGAUCUUGUGCAGUUUAAUCCUUUGUGA